AUGGACGAUCCGUUGAUAUUAAGAUCCCGAGCUAACAAUAAUGCCCGACGGCGUAGAUAUCGCCUAGCUUCUAUUCCUUCACCGUUAAGCCCAAUCCGAGAAGUAUUGCAUGAACCCUGCUCCUCGCCUCGAGUUCGAAAACCUAUAGAACGACAGCAGCGUCGUUGCAAAAGAGAUUUUCACAAACGACAAAUCAUAACCCGCAAGAAAACAAGAGAACAAUCGGCAGGAGCUCUACCAUCGCCGUUGCUUUUGACUGCAGAGGAGUCGCUUCAUCUCACGGCCUUGAGCAUGGAUGUCGAAAUGACAGGAGGGGAGUCGCUGGGUGGUUUAGGGUUCAAUAGCUUAACAAAAUCAUUUAUUCCCUCUCCGGGUCAUUUACAUCCUCGACAUCACAAGAACGAUAGCCUAUCCUCGACAUCAGCAGCUUCAUCGACAAAUUCUUCUCCCACAACUACAGUGUCGACAGUAGAAUCAUCGUCAUCAAACGACGACAAAUCUCCUGCAUCUUCUCCCGACUCACCUCGAAACAUAAUACCCCUCGGAAUCUUCCCGAAACAAGGGCUCUCAGCCUUAAACCUAACCUCUUCAACUAUGGCGAGCUCACCCAACCAUCCCUACAGGUCGUUAUCACCGAUCAAAAAAGCUAGAAAUACCAAAAACCUUUCCUUAAAUAUGUCGGGUAGCUCGGGCAGACCUGGCACAGCUUCUUCUUUUCAAAGCAAUGCUAGUUUGAAUGAUAAUAACAGAUCGUCUUCGGCGCCCUCUUCACCUGGAUUCAUUCUUCCUAGCACGAUGCCGCGGCGGCGUCCUAGUAACUUAGGGCUUACUAUCAAAUUACCGGGCCCCGAAAAAUCGAUACAAAAGUCCACUCGACCUAGCUUACGACAUCAUGUGUCUUCUCCUUCACUAUUUACUCCGGGUGGCCAAGGAAAAACGCUAUCAGGCCGACCAUCGAGAUUAUUUACGCCGCCAAAUCACUUUUCCCCUGUUGAAACAGUCUCCUCGCAAUCUUUCUCGACGCAAAUUCCCUCCAGCCCGAUUGAAGCACCGGGCCCAAUCAUAGAGAUGGAUGAGGAAGACAUUGCUAUGAUGGAAAACGACGGCGAAGGCCCUAAAUCGCCUGCCUACCCCAAUGGUCCAGCAUGCAUUUACGAACCAAACAUCUACCUUUUCUCUGAACCUAAUGCAGAUAUGGCAAGGAAUUUCGACGUCGUAUUUAAUGUAGCUAGGGAAGUUGUUAACCCCAUGAAAAAAGAGAGGGAAGAGGAAGAGAAGAAGAAGAUUCUUUCACCACCAUUGGAGACGGCUUGCUCUACCGAUAGCUUUAUGACUGCCUUUGAAUCUCCACAAGCAUCGCAGUCAACUAACCCGAACUCAACUUCACAAGACAAAAAGGACCCCGAAUACAUCCACAUGCCAUGGGAUCACAACACACCUAUUGUAGGUGAUCUGCCGAGAUUGGUUGAGAUGAUAAAGCAAAAGAGUGCCGAAGGCAAGAAGAUUCUUGUUCACUGCCAAUGCGGUGUGAGCAGAUCUGCGAGUUUGAUAAUCGCCUAUGGACUCUAUAUGAACCCGCGACAAACGGUACAGGAAGCCUAUGACUUUGUCAAGCAGCGUAGCAAGUGGAUCGGCCCCAACAUGAGUUUGAUAUAUCAACUCUCUGAUUGGAAAGCUAAACUUGCAGCUCAAAACAGUGUUGGGAGAGCAGGCAAAAGCUCGGUACGAGGUGGUGCGAACGGAAUGGCAAGGCCGAAACUUGGACAUCCUUCCAGGGCGGCGAAUAGCUCUGAUCCUACACCCUACACCCCUGAACUCGAGGAGCCAAUGACAGCACCACUACCAUAUAUUCCUGGACAGGUUGCCCCACCGAGGCCGCCAUCCCCAGAUCCUAGGGAUUUCCCAAUGAUGAACAUCCAGACAAGAAAUGCAGACGGUGGGAUUAUUACAGGUAUCGAGCCUGGCCCAAUGUCGGCACCACCUGGCAUGAUCAAUAUCCCUGGAACAGCUUCAGCAACAAACCACGGUGUCGGAUGGGGUUCUGGAGAUGCUAGGACUGGGUAUGCCCCCCCACCACCGCCCCCAGUUACCACAUUCCCAUCCGAACCGGAGGGUGAUGCUGUUGGUGCCCUUGUCGGCUUUCCAGCUCGGAGAGGUAGUGAUCAAGGUGAUCUCCCACCUCCAACCCCAUCCUUUGCGCCAAAAGGCGGUAUGAUAUUUGAGAAGAGACAACUUCGAAAUAGGAACAGGAAGUUACUGCAGUCGCUACGCGCAGAAGAGAAUAGCAUGCCGCCGCCUAGCCCGGUGACAGCGACGAAUCCGGGUCUGCUUGGUCACCACCCUUCCAACUCUCCGCCGCAGCGUUCCCAUUCGCCUCAACCAACCAUCAAAGCUAUCUUACCAAAAACAACAGGGCUUGCUGCCUUGAGGGCGAAAAAGAACAAAGCCGAACUAUCGCGUGCGAUGAGUGAUCAAUCCGGUGUCCGACGCGCCGAUUCGGGAGCUGCAAGACCAAAUCCCGAAUUCCAUCGCCGGUUUCCGAGUAUCAUGUCGAGCAUCGACGAACCCCCACCGACUCCAUCAUUCACACAACCACCGAGUUCAUUCGGCUUCCCAGUACGAAUGCCCACAAUUACUGGAAAGUCGCAUUCAGAUAGCCAUAUUCUAACACGCAAGAGUGAAGCAACAGGAGGAGCCGUAUCGGCCAGUUUCUCGGGACCGGCAAAUUCGUCGUCAAACGAAAUCGCUAGCCCUAUCGACCAGCCGAUGAGCGGAACGGAUAACAUGGAUGGGAUUGAUAUUUUCUCAGACCCUCGGAGCCCCGUGAAUCAGCACGACACACUACCCACCAUUCGUAAUAUCUACGACGUCCUAUAA